UAAAAUGAGAUAAUAUAAGAAGAGUGACCGGAAAAUGUAUAUAUAUAAGAAGAAACAAGUGACCAUCUCUCUCUCUCAGAUCACUCCAUCAUAAUCCGUCAUUAACCAUGGAAAAGACUUCAUUCUCCAGCACACAAGGAAAGCCGAUUCGAUGCAAAGCCGCAAUUUUACGAAAAGCAAGGGAACCAUUGGUGAUAGAAGAGAUCCAAGUUGAUCCACCAAGAGCUUAUGAAAUUAGGAUCAAGAUUUUGUGCACUUCUCUAUGUCACACCGAUCUUACUUUCUCGAAACUAGACAGUGGACCUCUUGCUAGGUUUCCUAGGAUUCUAGGACACGAAGCAGUCGGUGUGGUCGAGAGUACUGGAGAAAACGUGGACGGAUUCGAACAAGGCGACGUCGUUUUGCCAGUGUUUCACCCUCAAUGUGAAGAAUGCAAAGACUGCAAAUCUCCAAAGGGCAACUGGUGCACCAGAUAUACCAACGAUUUCUUAUCAAACACUAGACGAUACGGAAUGAGUUCUAGAUUCAAAGACUCUUCCGGAGAAGACAUUUACCAUUUUUUGUUUGUCUCGAGUUUUACUGAAUACACCGUCGUAGAUAUCGCACAUCUCGUCAAGAUCUCCCCGGAGAUUCCCGUUCACAAAGCAGCCUUGCUAGGCUGCUGCGUCUCCACAGGAGUUGGAGCUGUGUGGAAGGUGGCUGAUGUGGAGAAAGGUUCCACUGUCGCUAUCUUUGGCCUUGGUGCUGUUGGACUUGCGGUUGCAGAAGGAGCCAGGCUGCGUGGGGCUGCACGGAUCAUUGGUGUGGAUCUCAAUCCAGAAAAGUUUGAAAUAGGUAAACAAUUCGGGAUCACGGAUUUCGUCAACCCUACUUUGUGUGGAGAGAAGAAAACUAGCCAAGUGAUUAACGAUAUGACAGAAGGAGGAGUUGACUAUAGUUUUGAAUGCAUUGGUUUAUCUUCAUCGAUGGAGGAGGCUUUCAAUAGCACUCGCCCGGGAUCGGGUAAAACGGUAGUAUUGGGGAUGGAAAAAGAUGCUAUGCCAAUAAGCUUGGGUAGUUAUGAUCUUCUUAGAGGCAGAACUGUAUGUGGAACAUUAUUUGGUGGUUUGAAACCCAAACUUGAUAUUCCCAUUCUCGUGGAUCGUUAUUUAAAAAAGGAGCUAAACUUGGACGGUCUGAUUACACACGAAUUGAAGUUUGAGGAAAUUAACAAAGCUUUCGAAUUAUUGGCUGAAGGGAGCUCUAUCCGUUGCAUUCUAUGGAUGGAUAAAUAAUUACAAUUUCUUACAUUUACCCAAACCAUCGAUGGUAACAAAGAAGAAUAAAAAGAAAAAAAGAAAAAAAGAAAAAGCAAUUUGAGGAUGAUGUAAUUUUCUUACAUUUACCCAAACCAUCGAUGGUAACAAAGAAUAAUUAAAAAAAAAUAUAGCAAUUUGAGAAUGAUGUAAUUCCUUUGUUGAGAUAUUGAAUUUGCUCAUAUUGUUUCAUUUAUGGUUGAAGAUAAACACAUUUUUGUGCUA